CCUUCGGGGCCUCGCCGUCUAGCUUUGGGGUCGCAAGGCCGGUCUUCCCUCCUAGCCCUGCUUCCAGGCUCGGCUGGCCCCUCGAGGGACCCGCUGGUCCGAUCCCACCUGCCGUAGGCGGACAGGAUCUGCCUCGCUCGGGUGCACCUGCCCUUUGGUGGCCGGGGAGCGGUCCAGCCGCCUCAGGCCUCGGCCUCCGGCGCGCUGCUCCCCCGCAUCGCGCUCGGUACGGCGCCUCGGCCGGAGGUGGCGCUCUGUGCGCCCGGCGGAUCCCGGCGUGGGAGGCUCCGACUCCGGGGGUUCCUCGCGAGCCGCUUUCUCUUCCUUCCCUUCCGCCCCCUCGAGUUCCCGGCUCAGGCCGCAGCCCAGGCUUCUCCGAGGGAGUGGGGACGCGGGCUCCCAGGGUGGGGACCAGGCACGCUGCAACCCCCUCCUCCGACUUGGGCGCUCUCCCAUCUCGGAAUGCGGGUGGAGGUUCCUCACUCAGGCGCCCCAGGCAUCGGAUUCUGGGCGGGGGCGCGUGGCAGCCGCCAGGAGCCCGGCUGGAGCGCCCGCCCCGCGGCCUCGCCUCCCCGCCUCCCCGCCAGCGCCUCGGGACGCGAUGAGGACCUGGGCUUGCCUGCUACUCCUCGGCUGCGGAUAUCUCGCCCAUGCCCUGGCCGAGGACGCUGAGAUCCCCCGCGAGGUGAUUGAGAGGCUGGCGUACAGUCAGAUCCACAGCAUCCGGGACCUCCAGCGACUCCUGGAGAUAGACUCCGUAGGGGCCGAGGAUGCUCUGGAAACGAGUGUGAGAGCCCAUGCAGGCCGGGCCCCCAAGCAUGCACCUGAGCAGCGGCCCGUGCCCAUCCGGAGGAAGAGAAGCAUUGAGGAAGCCAUCCCCGCGGUCUGCAAGACCAGGACCGUCAUUUACGAGAUACCUCGGAGCCAGGUCGACCCCACGUCCGCCAACUUCCUGAUCUGGCCGCCGUGUGUGGAGGUGAAGCGCUGUGCAGGCUGCUGCAACACCAGCAGCGUCAAGUGUCAGCCCUCCCGCGUCCAUCACCGCAGCGUCAAGGUAGCCAAGGUGGAGUACGUCAGGAAGAAGCCAAAGUUAAAGGAAGUGCAGGUGCGGCUGGAGGAGCAUCUGGAAUGCACGUGCACCGCCGGAGGGCCCCCCGACCACCGGGAGGAGGAGACGGGAAGGCGUAGGGAGUCAGGUAAAAAACGGAAAAGAAAAAGGUUAAAACCCACCUAACGCAGCCAACCAGAUGUGAGGUGAGGAUAAGCCAGCAGCCCUUUUCCGGGACACGGAUGUACAUGGCGUGUUACAUUCCUGAACCUACUAUGUACGGUGCUCAUUGCCAGCGUGCGGUCUUUGUUCUCCUCCGUGAAAAACUGUCUCCAUGCACACUCGGGAGAACAAAGAGACAGUAUACAUUUGUUUAAUGUGACAUCAAAGCAAGUAUUGUAGCACUCGGUGAAACAAUAAGAAGCUUCCUUGUCAAAAAAAAAAAAAGAGAGAGAGAGAGACAGAGCAAACAGAACCACAAAACAUGACAAACAAAACUGACUCACAAAAAUAUCUAAACAGUUGUCGGAAUGGAGGGACACCCCGUGGGAUGGAAGCGACGUGCCUCGGCCGACCGGAUUUCUGUCCAGGGUCACAGGUGCUUCUGCCAGGGACACAGCCUGCUUUCUGGAGGACUCCGGGCGGGGGCCGAGGGCCCUGCAGGGCACGCGGGAGCAGGGAUGUCCCAGAACUGCCAUGGGACUUAGAAACACAUCUCCUUGCUGUAGUGUUUAAGUCUAUACAGAAACCUUCCCGAGAGCCUUAAGUGGAUUUUUUUUUUUUUUUUUUUUUUUUUUUUUUUUUUUUUACACCAUAAAGUGAUUAUUAAGCUUUCCUUUUUACUCUUUGGCUAGCCUUUUUUUUUUUUUUUUUUUUUUUUAAUUAUCUCUUGGAUGACAUUUACACC